CCAGACCAGCAGCACAGUCCGUUUCAGCUCUUCUGUUGCUGUAUUACCAAACGUUCAUCGUUAAUUGUGACAUUUAUGUUUUGUUUUUUUCAUUUGUUUGUGUUUAAAUCUAGCCUUUACAAAAUUAGAAACUGUUGUUAUUUGAACCAUUCACCAAAAUGCAAAAGAAAAUAUCUGAAGCAUUUAUAUUCUUCUGUUGGUGCUUAUGGAGUCUGAGUGGAGUGUUUGGUGUUGAUGCCGUGAAGUCAGUGUCAGUGACUGAGGGAGAAUCUGUCACUCUAAACACUGAUACUGAAAUACAGACAGAUGAACUGAUAAUGUGGAGAACUGGACACAACAGUCUCAUAGCUAAAAUCAAAGGAAAUAUCUUGGAGAGAUUCAGAGACAGACUGACACUGAAUGAGAAGACUGGAUCUCUGACCAUCACAAACACCAGAACCACAGACUCUGGACUUUAUAGAGUCAUCAGCACCAGAUCAAAGAUGCCGCUCAACACAUUCAAUCUUACCGUCUACGCUCGCCUGCCUGUUCCUGUCAUCAACCAUUCUUCAAAACAAUCAUCAUCAUCAUCAUCAUCAAACUGUUCAUUGCUGUGUUCAGUGUUGAAUGAGAGUGAUGCGACUCUCUCCUGGUACGCAGGAAUGAGUGUAUUGUCCAGCAUCAGUUUGUCUGAUCUCAGAGUCAAUCUCUCUCUACCUCUGGAGAUUGAGUGUCUGGAUGAUGCGUACAGCUGUGUGAUCAACAAUACCAUCAGCACCCAGACCACACAUCUCAACACUGAACUCUGUGGGCCAUGUUCAGGUGCAGAUUUCAACUGCUGGUGUGGUUUCACUGAAGCUGUGAUCCGAUUGGCUCUCUCUGCUCUGGUGGGUGUGGCUGCUGUUGCUGUUCUGGUUUAUGAAUUUAGAUCCUGAAGUCUUCAACAGAAGAAGAGAGAGCAAACGCCAUCAGACUCUGAUUAAUCAGAUACUCAGGAAGGUGGAGAUGUUACUGAAAAACUGUAGACAUUAUAUUACAUUUUUUUCCAGUUUCAAUCAGUUGUUUAUAUUACUUUUCACAAUACAAAUCAUUCUAAAGCAGAUUUUAAACCAUUCAGCAUUACAAUAUACACUGACUAAUCAGAAAAUCAAA